AUGGCUUGAACCUAUCUGUUCAUCACUUUAUAAAAUUAAUGAAAAAGGGUCCACUCUAUUUCAAUAAGUAUCCUGUGACAAUGCGAUCCCGUCUGCUAGAAAAUGAUCGGACAACAAUCACCCGAUCAAAAAUAUUAUUAACAGUUUCUAAGGUGUGAGGGCAUGACACAACACCUCAAUUACUUUAAAUUAAGCUUAUCAAAAACCACCCACGAAACCUCAAAUUCCUUCAGAUUCUUGUCUGAGCGUUCCGGUUUCGUCAUUUUAUCCAUCUGGGUUUUCUUCUUUUGUUCAUUUAUGAGAGGUCAAGAUGGCUAGGUCUGUUGCACCAGUUGAGAGUAUGGCGUCAUUGAGCAGCGAUCUCUUUUAUGACAUACUGAGGCGCCUUGAUGGCCCAACUUUGGCCACUGCGGCAUGUACAUGUGCUGCCUUCUGUUCCAUCUCAAAAGAGGAGAGAUUAUGGGAAAAUGUAUGUUCUUCUAUGUGGCCUUCGACCAACAGGGAGGAUGUCAAAAGUUUAAUAUCUUCCAUUGGUGGGUUCAGAAAGUUCUAUGCCGAUUGUUUUCCCUUUAUUGUUAACAAGGAGGUUACAGAGUACCAUUGGAAUAGAUAUCUUGAGUACCUGGAAGAGUGGACUGAAGCGGAAUACUAUGGUGAUAUGGAUGAAUCUGAAAAUAUUUCACCGUCCGAUUUUGUUUCUAUCGUAGAUAUCAGAUAUAAAGAUAAACUAGUAUGUUCAAAAGUCUUGUGGGGCAUUCCUAAUGCUGAUGGAUUCAACGGUUGGUUCUACAACUGCCCAUUCCGGAUUGAUCUUCUCACCUCUGAUGGUGAAGUUACUCUUUCGGUUUCUGAUGGUCUUCCUCCUGUUUCCUCAAUGGAAAAAGAAAGGAAAGAUGGGAAGCUAUGGAAAGAGCUCCGUGAUGGACUCCAGCUUAGUUGGAUUGUUGUUAACAAAAAGAUAAAGCAAGCUGCUAAUCUUGCUAGCUGGAGCCCUCUUGGUGGGCAAAGGCAUUGGCCAACAGACAAGGAUUUCGUGAUACGCUUUGGAUCCAUUCUACCGGCUAAAGAAAUUCUUCCAUGUCAAGUUGUGGAAUGCAUCCUGAUUAUGAAGUUUAGAGUCAUCCAUACCGAGGAAGAGGGUGUUGAAACAACCCUUAAGUUAACAGAGCUGAGCAUGCAGUUGGAAGACAUGGAAGGUUCUCAUGUUAAUGGAAGAAACAGUUUGCUCAUUCUCAAGGAAGCCCUAAGCUGCCGUCGCAGCAAAAACUACAGCGAGGUUGUUGAAUCAUGUCAUUUAUACUCAAAAGUGCAAAAUGAGCUGAAAGAGGAGAAGAUGCGGAAUGAAAGCAGGUUAGACAGACUUUGUAUCUUGACUGGCAUUGCUGCAUUCAUCUCUCUCUGCUACUACAUUUUGUAAAGCAAUGUGCUCUAUUAAAUUUCCAACACAGAGUUGAAAACGUUCUAAAAGGCUCGAUUCAAUUUCGCUUCAACUAAUAAAAGUUUCCAAAAUUUUCCCGAAAAGUUAACAGUGA